AUGGGUGCCGAAGCCAUUACCAACACUAGUAGCGCCGCUGUCCUCGUUGUCGAGAACAACCUUAAGAUUCCUCGCCAUAUUGCUGUUAUUAUCGAUGGAAACCGCCGGUAUGGCAAGGAUAAGUACGGCUCAAGCACUCGUGGUCAUGCAGAUGGCACGAAGACUGUCUUGAAGUUUACGGACUGGUGUAUCGACGCCGGCGUUCAGGCUCUUACAGUCUUUGCUUUCUCUACAGAAAAUUGGAAGCGGGAGAAAGCAGAGGUUGAUGCGUUGAUGAAAUUAGUUGAUGGCUUCAUUCAUGAUAUUCUCGGCGAGGCGCUUACACGUAACAUCCGAGUACGUGUGUUGGCUUCGGACAGCCGUCGACUACCAGAUUUCCUCAUGAAGUCAGUUAAAGAGGCUGAGGCGAAGACUCAGCAUUGCAAGGCGUUUUCUCUCAAUCUUUGUGUUAGUUAUGGUGCUCGGGAUGAAAUCGUAGGAGCCUGCAAGAAAAUUGCUGCUGAAGUAGCUCAGGGCAAGACAAGCGUUGUCGACAUAGACGAAGAUCUGCUCAGUCAUUACAUGCUUACUGCUGGUCUGCCGGAUCCAGACAUUUUGAUUCGAACAUCUGGCGAGCUUCGUAUCAGUAAUUUCUUGCUCUUUCAAAUUGCGUACGCUGAGCUUAUUUUUAUGAACAAGUAUUGGCCCGAGGUAACGCAAGACGACCUUCACGAUAUAAUUAUCGAGUUCAAUCGCCGAAAGCGCCGAUUCGUUAAACGCAAGUUCUCAAACGUCUAUUAG